AGUUCAGUUUGCUGGCGAUAGCCGGUCAAGAAUGUCGCCUCCUCUGCUUCGCUAUAAGGGAGUAGUGCUGGCACUUAUAUUCAUAUCGUUUAGUGGGCAUUCGAAGGGCUGCGAUGAGGAUGAGGAGUUCGAGUGCCUAGAGGAUGGCAGGUGCAUUCCCAUCGAGCGGUUUUGCGAUGCCAAACCGGAUUGUCUGUAUGCCAGCGAUGAAUCUUUCACUGUCUGCAAGGCCCAUCUCUCCGACAUGAUGGCGGAUAAGUACCACUGUGCGACGGGGGCAGCCAUUCCGGCCAGAUUGGUCUGCAACAACAUCGCCGACUGUUCCGACGGAUCCGACGAGCUGCCACAGGUGUGUGAAAGAGAUCCGGGCGAACUGGAAGAGAAAUUUCGAGGCAACUGCACUGGGGAUACGGAUUUGGAGUGCCUUCCUGGGGAAUGUGUGUCCCAUUCGGCGAAAUGCAACAACGUGAUCGACUGCUCCAACGGACGAGAUGAAUCCCUGGAGAUCUGUAUGCAGACCUGCGAGGCGGACAAGUGUUUCCAGUGCGCCAACGGAGUUUUGCUAGACAGUAAGGACCUGUGUGACAACAAGAUGGACUGCCUGGACGGCUCCGAUGAGUUGUCCAAUGUUUGUGGGAAUGCCGUCAACUGGAAAGAGGUUCCUCCGGCUGCUUGCCACGAGACGGUGGAGCACAGGUUCACCAAUAGGACAGUCUUUCAAAAGGGCAACUCACUGCGCUUCGUUUAUGCCAAUCAAGCGGCGGAAGUUCAGUGCUGGAACUCCGACCGGAAGUCCUGGAACGUGUGCAUGAACAAUGGCUCCUGGCUCCACGACUUCCCGCCGUGCAUCGAGAAAGUGGUCAACAGAAACCCCGACACAAAUGGCACUAAUGGUUGUCCGAUUAACUGGUACAACAACGAGACAAUGUUAAUAAUCAAUUGGGAUGACGAUAGUGAGUCCAUAGCCUUGCCGCCCAUUCAAAAUGCAAGAGUGACCUUUAGAUGCAACGAGGAUCUGACCUUCUUGCCCUACGAGUUUAAGGACAAACCUAUCACAUGCCAGGCCAAUAAAACGUGGAUCGAACUGGACUUCCAUCCCCGAUGUACCAACCUUUGCAGUCCACAGCAGAUAUCCGAGAUGUAUAGCCUGACGCCGAGGUGUUAUAAUGGCGACAAUGGGUCACCAAUCAACUGCCAGGACAAGUACUCCCUGGUUCCGAACACCCAGGUCAAAUUCGAAUGCGCUAGUGGAUUCAUCCACCAGACCUCGGAUACGAUGUCCGUGAAGUGCACAGAGGAUGGUGAGUGGAAGGGUCUCCGGGAUCUGUGCGAAAAUCAGGAGAGGCACUGCAACUACGAGUGCAACCACCGGCUCAACUACUCGGAGGUGACCAUGAGCAAAGGAGGCGAUGCAACGGAUUCACUACAAGCCUCCUGGUUAGUUCCCAUUUACAAGUUGAACAGCACCACAACCAAGCACGAAUUUGUGUGCACCGGGAACUUGAUCCGCUUGGAUAUCGUGCUAACCGCAGCCCACUGCCUGAAUGGGAGGAAUUCCAGGCCGGAGGACUUCUUAGUGGGCUCCUCGGGCAACCGAUCCUCCUCCGUGGAUCUGAAGUACCUACACAGGGUCAGAAAUAUAGAGGUGUACGGCGCCUACAGCGAGGUCAGCCACAUAUACGAUGUUGGGAUCGUUGUCCUGGAAAAGCGGAUGGAUUUCAAGCAGGAUCAAAGGAUCGUCUGUUUGCCAUACAAUGUGGGUUCCCACUUGGAUCUAAAGGGCGAUGCGAUGGUGAGCUCCUGGAACUCCGAUGGCUACCUGGCUACGGUCUAUGGCCGAUUAAGUGAGCCCAAAAAUGGUGACCUCAAAGUCGUCCUGCAUGACGGCUACACUCUUUGCAAAGGUGACAGUGGCAGUGGAGUUAUCACCACCUGCGGCUUGGACAACCACAAGUGUCUGGUGGCUGUGGUUAGUCGAAAUGUGGGCUCCGGUGACCACGGUACCUUUUGCAGCAAUAACGUGACUGCAGCCACUUUAAUAUCGCCCCACCUGCAGGAUUACAUUCAGCAACUCAUCAGGAAUAACAUAAAUUGCCCAGAAUAGCGUAAAACUUUUCAAAAAUACGUUUUAAAAUAACGGUCGAAAAUGGUUUGAGAACAUGCUAACUAUAUCUGUCGAAGUUUAAAACCUUCUAAUCCCUACAGUAUGUGGCACAAUAAUAGAUGUCCUAAAAACAAAUAGUCUUUGAAAACUCAAAAAAAAAAUUUUUCUGUGGCUGUUAUAUAAAUAAACAUUUAAAGCAAUAAUUAGUUAUGUUAGCAUUACUUCAAAAAUAACAGUAUAAAACCUAUUUAGAUGUCGCAGAGUGUAUGCUAUUGCUGGUUUUCUAAGCUGGCAAACGGUCACACUGGCGGACAGGUUUUUCUUUCGCGAACAAUUAACAUGGACAAUAACAUUAUCCCGCUCAUAAUCGUCUUCUAGCCGCUUAAGGCCAGGUGAGAUCAUCAUCAUCGCUGGCCGUGAAAUGCACCUGAAGAUGCUGCCGUGGAAAGCGUGAGAAGUAGCAGGGAAAUCGCUGGAAAGUCAUUUGCAACGAAGUACUUAAGUAGAUGAAACU